AAAACAUUAUUCCGCAAUUUAGAUGAUUCCUUAAACUUAAAAAAUAAGGCGUUUGUUUUCGAAAAUAAACACAAAUUGCGCUUAUGAUGUAGAGUUUUAGCAACCAGGAAAUUUGGAAUCAGCCUUCCCAUUAUAACAACGCACUCCGUUGUGUAGCAACAUUUAAACACCCUCCGGAUGCAGCUUACAUGCUCUGUGUUUUACUGCUGCGUUAACGCUGAAUAGUGUGAACAACUGCGACAUUGUUCUCUUUAAUGACGAACGUAAUACUUACUGCAUUCAUUUUUACAGAAGUCUACAAAAUAUAAACAGGCUACAUUAUGCAGCCUGGUGGUUGAUUUGGGCACUUCGUCAUGUGACCUGAGUUCCUGAGUUCCUGAUUUGACUAGUUUUGUAGUUCUUGUUUACUGGUGUUGCAGGCUAACGUAGUCCGCAUAAGAGAGUAAACGACUCCAGAAACAAACUACGUUAAACGCUCCAUGGCUUUUGUCAUUCCUAUGGUUGUGUUUACAUUGUUUUGGGGAUUUGUUGGAGGGGUAGUACCUUGGUUUAUUCCCAAGGGACCAAACAGAGGGGUCAUCGUGACCAUGUUGGUAUUAACCGCAGUUUGCUGCUAUUUAUUCUGGUUGAUAGCUAUUCUCUCCCAGUUGAAUCCACUGUUUGGACCUGCGCUGAGUAAUGACACUAUUUGGUAUCUACAAUUCCACUGGCCCUGACUCUGCCGUAGACUGUGCCCUGAUAAAGGUCUAGGAGGAUAACAAAGCUAUAUCGCACCUAUCUAACCUAUUUUUAUUGUUGUAUCUGAUACUUGGUUUACCUAAAAUAAGGUAAUAACUCUACUGCCACAGCUUGUUAAGAUGAAAUUCAUGCUCGGCCUGUGAGUAUUGCAUCGUUAUCAUCAUCAUCAUCAUGUGAUGUUGUUUUGGAAGCUAUAUCUGUCUAGGAAUCUUAAAAUUAGGGGGCAAAUGGUUCAGACACAAAGCGUCAUUCAGAGUGAAAGUCUUUUUGUUUGAUUUCUUACUGCUGAGUAAUAGGCUCUGCUAUUGUGAGUGAAAUAAAUAAAGAGGGGCUGGCAGACCUAAACAGUACACUGGUGAUUCCUACUUCCUUGCCCACAAGGCCCUGAGCUCUGACCCUACCACCAAUGAAAUAUUUGGCUUUGUUUAUAUACUUGUUGCCAUAAACACUUGAAAUAUUUUCUUUUAAUAUAAUAUUGAUAUAGGACCAUCAGAUAGGACGUCAUGCAUAUGACAUAGCUCGUCCUAUCAGCUCUCAGUGAUUCUCAGAACUAUUGUAAAGGCACUUUUCUAAAUGAGUGUACUUAGUCUGUGUUCCAUGUUUUAUAAGCAAUAAAAUUGUUGAUGGUU